AUGCGUCAGUUCGCUCUCGUCCUCUGUCUUUGCGUCUCGCUGCUCAGCGCCGCGAUUGCUGAUGACGUUCUGCGGGUCGCGAUCUACGACCGUACCGGUGAGUCCAAGGGCCCGACGACGCUGGCGAAGCUCCUCACGCAGGAGAAGGGAUUUGAAGUGAGGCGCGUCAGCGGCGAAGCGAUCCGCGACGGCGCCAUCCGCGACGCCGACGUCGUGAUCUUCCCCGGCGGCUCGGGCAGCAGUCAGGCGAAGCACCUCGAAGAAGUCGGCGGCGAAGAGGUGCGGCGGUUCGUCCGCGAAGGGGGCGGCUACGUCGGCAUCUGCGCGGGCUCGUAUUUGGCGUCGGCCGAAUACCCCUGGUCGCUGCGGCUGAUCAACACCCGCGUCAUCGACCGCAAGCACUGGGCCCGCGGCACGGGCGUCGUGACGCUGUCGCUCUCGACCGAGGGCCGCAAGGUCCUCAACGAGCCGUCCGAGCGCGUCGAGGUCUACUACGGCCAGGGCCCGUUGCUCGCGCCGGCGAUCGACCCCGAGCUGCCGCCCUACACCCCGCUGGCGGUGUACGAAACGGAGAUCGCCAAGAAGGACGCCCCGUCCGGCGUCAUGGCGGGCACCACGGCGAUCGCCGCGGCGCCGUUCGGCAAAGGCCGCGUCCUCUGCAUCAGCCCGCACCCCGAGAAGACGGGCGGGCCGAACCACAUGAUCGAAGCCGCGGUGCGGUGGGUGGCGGAUAAGGAUUGA